ACUCCCCCCACUGCAGUAGUUAUCUACCAAUAGAGUACUGCUUAUAUUACUCACUCUACAGCGGCCAUUCUGCAACAUUCAUUUACCCCUUUCAUCUCUCAACCGUCACUCGUUCAAUUCCCUUCCGUUCCAAAAGCAUCCUCGUCUCACCUCCCGCAUCUUCUCUUCCCCACAACAGCGGUCAUGCCGCAGGACGAUGAGGGUGCUGUGCGUGGCUGAGAAGCCCAGCAUAGCUAAAAGUAUCACUCAGAUUCUCUCUGGAGGCAGAUGGGACACUCGAGAUUCUGGUCAUCCAUAUAUCCGAAAUCUGGACUUUGCUUACCGGCUUCCUCCCCCAUUGGGAGGUGUGGGUGAUGCAGACUUUACCGUCACGGCUGUUUUGGGACAUCUGACAUCAAGUGACUUUGACGAGAACCAUAGAAAGUGGGGGUCAUGCGAUCCAUUUGCCCUUUUCGACGCUCCAAUUCUCACUUAUGUCGACACAAAAUUCAAACCGGUCGAACGCAACCUCAUCAACGAAGCUCGCCGCGCCGACCUUCUCAUCAUCUGGACAGAUUGUGAUCGUGAAGGUGAACACAUCGGUUCAGAAGUCGUAGCAGCAUGCAGGAAGGGAAAUUCCCGGAUCAGAGUGAAGAGAGCCCGAUUCAGUGCUAUCAUUCCUGCUCAAAUUCAUCAGGCAUGUCGUUCGGCAAACGAUCUGGACAUGAAACAAGCGGACGCUGUGGAAGCGAGGAUCAACUUGGAUCUGAGAAUAGGAGCUGCUUUUUCAAGGUUGGUGACUCUGGGUUUGCAGAACAGAGUGCCAGAACUGGGACAACAAGUCAUCAGCUAUGGUCCAUGUCAAUUUCCCACCCUGGGGUUCGUGGUGGACCAGUACAAUCGUGUACAGUCGUUCGUCCCGGAACCUUUCUGGUACAUCUAUGUGGCGAUCCAACGUCAGGAGGAAGGUGAGGAAGAGCCGUCCACCGUGGAAUUCAAGUGGCGUAGAAAUCAUUUAUUCGAUAUGGAAGCAGCUUUUGUAUUGUAUGAACGAUGUGUGGAGGAGCCCAUGGCAAAGGUGAUUAGAGUGGAGACCAAGCCAACGACAAAAUGGAAGCCUCUUCCUCUCACCACGGUUGAGCUCCAGCAAUCAGGGUCAAGGCUGCUUCAAAUGACUCCGAAAAGUGUCCUAGACAUCGCCGAAAAGCUGUACCAAAAGGGUUUCCUGAGCUAUCCUCGUACUGAAACGGAUCAAUACGAUUCGGCGUUCGACUUCACCUCCCUGAUUCAAAAGCAAACUCAUGAUCAAGUCUGGGGAGGCUUUGCUCAAAAACUACUGGAUGGCGAAUUUCAGCGGCCUAGGAACGGUAAAAAGAACGAUAAAGCCCAUCCGCCCAUUCAUCCCACUGCACACGCCAGCAAUCUCUCUCCGGAAGAACGCAAAGUUUUCGAACUCGUCACGCGCCGAUUUCUGGCUUCUUGUUCCUCUAAUGCGGAGGGUAAAACAACGACAGUGGAGAUCGUCAUCGCAGACGAGUAUUUCUCAGCCUCUGGACUCGUAAUCACUCGACGAAAUUAUCUUGAAGUCUAUCAUUACGACAAAUGGUCAUCGUCCUCACUACCUGACUUCCAAGAGAACGAAACGUUCAUGCCAUCCAUUUGCGAAUUGAAAGAGGGAUCGACUAGUCGCCCCAACUUACUCACCGAAGCAGACCUGGUGGGAUUGAUGGAUAGGAAUGGGAUAGGGACCGAUGCGACCAUCGCAGAGCACAUUUCCAAAGUUAUAGAACGCGGUUAUGUCAAGGAAAGACAAGAACAACGGAUCAAGUACCUCGUGCCUUCCACAUUGGGGGUCGGUCUGGUGGAGGGUUUCAAUCAGAUUGGAUUUGACAAAUCUCUUAGCAAACCACAAUUACGAGCUGAGACCGAGCAUAGCAUGCAGCUCAUCUGCAAUGCUCAACGGACGAAGCAGGAUGUUUUACAGUACACUAUCGAUCAGUACAAGGAGGUCUUCAUCAAAGCUCGUAGGGAGUUUCAAACAGUCAUCGAUUCGGUUUUGAGCUACCUUCACGGAGCUGGGGAAGCUCAAGAAGCUCUUCGAGCAGCCAUGCAAGGUGGAAGAGGUGGGGGUGGCAGAGGUGGACGAGGAGGCAGAGGGGGUCGGGGGGGCCGCGGAGGUCGGGGCGGCGCUGCCCCUAGACGUGGCAGAGACGACGACGAUGGCGAUGACUCUGAUGGAGAUGACCCCCCUCCUCCUGCUGGUGGCGCUGCUGCUCGGGGACGAUCGACAAGAGGAAGAGCGAAAUCUACACGGAUAGCCGCCCCUAGACGUGGACCUGCCAGGACGCCAGCUGUGGACGACAACGACGAGCCUCCUCGUGCCAAAAAGCGCAGAUCGGUCAACGACGCCCCUACGCAAGGGAAUAGCAGUGCCAAAUUGUGCAAUUGCGGUUUGGAAGCCGUCCAGAGGACAGUCAUGAAAGCCGAGUCGGUCCAUCAAGGUAGACAAUUCCAUACUUGUCCCAAACCCAAGGACGAACAAUGUGGCUAUUUUGAAUGGUGUGACGACGUUCCCGUUGCUGGACCUAGUCGUCCUCCCUCACGUACUACCGGGUCCACGAAAGGACGGAAUAAGAUUGCGCCUGAUCGUGGAUCUGGGGAGAAAAAAUGUAAUUGCGAUUUGGAAGCGGUGAUCAUCACGGUGGCGAAGGAAGGCCCUAACAAGGGUCGUAAAUUCUGGACAUGUCCUAAUAAUCCAAAAGCCCGAUGUGGGUUCUUCGAAUGGGAUGAUGAGGCUUCCGGAAAUACUCCAGCUCCAUUCCCGAGUAAUGGAUCAGGAAGCGGUGGUCAGACUGGCGAGUGUUUCAAAUGUGGACAGAGUGGACAUUGGUCUUCCGCUUGUCCGAAUGACGAUGGACCACCGGGACGUAAUGCCGGUCCCGCCCGUUCUGGCGCAUCAAGUAAUCGAAAUGGGAACAGUGGUGGUGGUGGUGGUGAAUGUUUCAAGUGUGGUCAAUCGGGUCAUUGGGCAUCUGCAUGUCCGAAUGAAGAGGGAGGGAGUAUAACAUCAUUUCCUCCUAAACGUCAAAAGACUGCUGCACGGGGAGGAAGUGGGACGAAGAGCUCAGCGGGUGAGUGUUUCAAUUGCGGGAAGAAAGGACAUUGGGCGAGUGAUUGUCCGAAUGAGGCUGGACAGAAAUCAUUUCGAAAGGGGAAAGGAAGAUGAUAGAUGUGUUUUGGGCUUAGUGCGAGACUGAGAAGGAAUGAAGAAUGAAGUAUCAAUCAUGAAUCUGCAUAUGUCCCUG